AUGGGGAAGGCUACCAUCGCCGGCAGGGCGCCCCCUGCCCAAGCCCAAGCUCACCUGCUCAAUGUCUGCGGCUGCACUGUCACCAGCCCAGGCAAGGCACCCACGUUUAAGCUUCGACAGGAGGAUGGAGCCAGGAGAGCCCAGGGCUGUCAAUCUACACCUCCAUUUCAAUCUCGAAAUCAACCUGCACCUCCAUCUCCACCUCCACCUCCAUCUCCAUCUCCACCUCCACCUCCACCUCCAUCUCCACGUCCAACUCCACCUCCACCUCCACCUCCAUCUCCACCUCCACCUCCACCUCCAUCUUCAUCUCCAUCUCCACCUCCAGCUCCAGCUCCAUCUCCACCUCCAUCUCCAUCUCCACCUCCACCUCCAUCUCCACCUCCAGCUCCACCUCCUCCACCUCAACCUCCACCUCCAACUCCACCUCAAUCUCCACCUCCACCUCCACCUUCACAUCCAACUCAACCUCCACCUCUACCUCCACCUCCACCUCCAACUUCACCUCCACCUCUACCUCCAUCUCCACCUCCAACUCCACCUCCACAUCCACCUCCACCUCCACCUCCACCUCCAUCUACAACUCCACCUCCACCCCCAUCUCGACCUCCAUCUCCACCUCAACCUCUACCUCCACCUCCAUCUCCACCUCCAUCUCCACCUCCACCUACAGUCCCACCUCCACCUCCACCGCCACCUCCAUUUCCACCUCCAUCUCCACCUCCAUCUCCACCUCCACCUCCACCUCCUCCUCCAACUCCACCUCCACCUCUACCUCCAUCUCCAUCUCCACCUCCACCUCCACCUCCACCUCCACCUCCACCUCCACCUCCACCUCCAACUCCACCUCCACCUCUACCUCCACCUCCACCUCCACCUCCACCUUUAUCUCCACCUCCAUCUCCACCUCCACUUCCAAAUCCACCUCUACCUCCACCUCCAACUCCACUUCCAUCUCCAUCUCCACCUCCACCUCCAUCUCCAUCUCCAUCUCCAUUGCCACCUCCAUUUCCACCUCCACCUCCACUUCCACUUCCACCUCCACCUCCAACUACACCUCCAACUCCACUUCCAUCUCCAUCUGCACCUCCACCUCCACCUCUACCUCCACCUCCAACUCCACCUCCACCUCCACCUCCACCUCCACCUCCACCUCCACCUCCACCUCCAACUCCACCUCCACCUCUACCUCCACCUCCACCUCCACCUCCACCUUUAUCUCCACCUCCAUCUCCACCUCCACUUCCAAAUCCACCUCCACCUCCACCUCCAACUCCACUUCCAUCUCCAUCUCCACCUCCACCUCCAUCUCCAUCUCCAUCUCCAUUGCCACCUCCAUUUCCACCUCCACCUCCACUUCCACUUCCACCUCCACCUCCAACUACACCUCCAACUCCACUUCCAUCUCCAUCUGCACCUCCACCUCCACCUCUACCUCCACCUCCAACUCCACCUCCACCUCCACUUCCACCUCCACCUCCACCUCCUCCACCUCCACCUCCACCUCCAUCUCCACCUCCACCUCCACCUCUAUCUCCACCUCCACCUCCAUCACCACCUCCACCUCCACCUCCACCUCCAACUCCACCUCCACCACUACCUCCACCUCCAUCUUCACCUCCAUCACCACCUCCACCUCCACCUCCAACUCCAACUCCACCUCCAAUUCCACCUCCACCACUAUCUCCACCUCCAUCUUCACCUCCAUCACCACCUCCACCUCCAUUGCUACCUCCAACUUCAUCUACACCUCCACCUCCACCUCCAUCUCCACCUCCACUUCCAAAUCCACCUCCAUCUCCACCUCCACCUCCACCUCCAACUCCACCUGCACCUCAACUGGGUGAGCAGAACUAUGGGAACAGAGACCAGCCCUUACGUCAGCACGUCUACAGAUUUCGUACAGACACUGAUGGGGAUGCUGCCCUGACCCCCACCCCUCCAAGCAGCACUGUGGAGAGGGCAUCCCGCACCCUGAACCCCCAGCCCCAUGCUCCCCUGGGUGGCGUCUACACUAGCCUCUGUUCUCCUUAA